AUGGCUCCCAUUGCUAAGAAGUCUGGCAAGGCCCAGAAGCAGACCAAGAAGGUGAGUUUUACAACAUCCAUUCCUCAAGCGAUUCCAGCCCUGGCCAAGUUUGUGCAUGUGGCUAACCUGCCCCGCGCGCAGUUCAUCAUCAACGCUUCGCAGCCCGCCUCGGACAAGAUCUUCGACACCGCCGCCUUCGAGAAGUUCCUCCAGGAGCGCAUCAAGGUCGAGGGCCGCACCAACAACCUCGGCGACGACGUCGUCGUCCAGCAGGCCGGCGAGGGCAAGAUCGAGGUCAUCGCCCACAACGACUUCUCGGGCCGCUACCUCAAGUACCUUACCAAGAAGUUCCUCAAGAAGCAGCAGCUCCGCGACUGGCUCCGCGUCGUCUCCACCUCGCGCGGCGUCUACGAGCUCAAGUUCUUCAACGUCGUCAACGACGAGGCUGACGAGGAUGACGAGUAA